UUUUUAUACCCACAAACACAAAAAGAGAACCUCUCUUUCUCAACUCCAUGAUGGCGUCAGCAUUCUGUGUUUCUCAAACUCAUCUCCUUACAUAUGCUCAGACCACACGAUUCAGAAUCAGAUCACGCAUCAAUGGAAGAUACCCACAAAGCUUACGCAUCAUCAACAUGAAGAAGAGGUGUUUAAGAUGCAACACUUUGUAUGAAGACAAAGAUAACUCCCCAACUGCUUGUUCUUUUCAUGGGCAUGCUAAUGGUGAUAAAGGAUUAUUGGCAUUGGCCCCGCCGCACCAAGGCAUUGACGGUGAAUGGAGUGAUGGAUCAGGGGUAAUUGUAUACAAAUGGAAUGAAAAGACUGAUAGACCAAAUACCGGAAGGCCGAACUGGAAAAAGAGAUGGAGCUGCUGUGCCGAGUAUGGUGACAACGCACCACCUUGUCGCCAAGGUUGGCAUGUCUCCUAUGAUGAUGGCUUUACUUUAUUCUAAUUAAUAUGAAAGUAUGAAACUUUAUAAUUCGGGUAUGUGCUGUGUAUAUGUACUUCUUUAGAAAAUACCAUUUGUUGAAACUUUAAAAGGCACGCUUGAGCACGAGGAUCUCAGGAAAACGCAUUAGGGGCUUGAGUUGGCGCCUCAUGUUCUGGGUCAAACUUGGUUAAAGUUAGGUUAUGUAGGAUGCCGAUAUGUAGAAACGAUCAUAUGCAUGAAGAAAUUAUAAAAGGUUUACUUGAUAAAAAUGCUAAUGUGUAAAAUAGACGAUA